CGCCAAUAGUUCAUGUCCCUGGCCCCAAUGUUUGAAGUGGCUCAAGCAAUAAAAACGCCAUAGCAAAGGUUCUGUUGUUACUCCGCGGAACCGGCGAGCCGUCUGUUCUAGAGCGGCAGUGGAAUGGGGUGGGCAGUAUCGUAGAAUGGAAUGUAGCAACUCUUCAGGGAAGCAGUCAAGAGACGGAACCAUUCCGGUACAUGUGGCACAUCAAGAGAUGACAGUAGGAACGACGGAAAAACUGCCCUAGAGCUAUGAUGAGUUUGCGCCGCUCAUAUCAGUGCCAGGUGGGAGGUAGUGUGCGAAUCAGAGCCAAGCGGACUCUGAACCUGAGCGGAAAGCUUUGCCGUGUCAUCUUCUCAGGCUCACACAUUCCUAUGGAGUGUAUCUUCCCAAAGGUCACCAUCUCCUUACUUCUCGAUAUUCUUUUUUAGACCCAUGGGUCAAUACCACUCCACGGCCAACGGAAAGGGUGCCGACUCUUCCACUGGGCCUCCACAUGAGAAACUCGAUUAUUAUGACCUUUUACAAGUGAACUGGGACGCAUCUGCAGAGGAAAUAAAAAAGGCAUACAGAAAGAAAGCUCUUGAAUUGCAUCCAGAUAGAAAUUAUGGAAAUGUGGAAUCUGCCACGAAGCUCUUUGCAGAAAUCCAGUCUGCCUACGAAGUUCUGUCAGAUCCCCAGGAGCGCUCAUGGUACGAUACACAUCGAGAUGUCUUGUUAGGGAGCCAGUGUGGUACUGGAGACUCCGUAGUCGCGCAUAAUAUGCGCACGACGACUGCAGACGACAUUUAUAGGCUGUUUGCAAAGUUCAGCCCACAAAUGGAAUUUUCAGACUCCUCGGAUGGAUUCUACGGUGGUCUUCGUCAGAUAUUCUCGGGACUUGCAAUGGAAGAGGAGAUCUCCUGCCGUGGGUCCUCCACGGGAAUGAUUGCUUACCCAACAUUCGGAUGUCGCAGUGAUAAUUUCGAGGGGGUUGUACGCCCAUUCUAUGUCAUUUGGGGUGGAUUUUCUACAAGAAAGUCAUUUGCUUGGAAAGAUGUCCAUCGUUAUUCUGAGGCUCCGGAUCGCCGUGUCCGUAGGCUGAUGGAGAAGGAAAAUAAGCGCCUGAGGGAAGACGGCAUUCGAGAAUUUAAUGAUGCCGUUCGAUCGCUCGUAGCUUUUGUUAAAAAGCGCGACCCGCGAUAUAAGUCCAACGCCCAAAGUGAAUCGCAACGUCAGGAUUUUCUUCGGCAGUCAGCUGCAGCACAAGCUGCCAAAUCACGAGCAGCAAAUCAAGCUAGGCUACGAAACCAUGUUACACAAGACUGGGCAAAGUCAGACGACGUUGAAGACGACGAGACUGUUAGUUCCGAUGCCGAAAUGGAAUAUUUUGAAUGUGUUGUGUGUCGCAAAAGUUUCAAGAGUAUGAAGCAGUUUGAAGCGCAUGAGCGGAGCAAGAAACACGUCAAAGCAGUCAAACAGCUUCAAAAGGAAAUGAGGAAUGAAAAUAAACAACUGGGCCUAUCGGCAGAUUCUUCGGAGUAUGAAGCACAGGCCACAGUAACGUCUCCUUCGGAAUCCGGGCCGUUACCUUCAUCAAUUACCGACACGGUCUCCGGCGACAAUGACAUUGAAAGUUGUUUACCGGCCCCUAGAGAAGCUGGCGAAGAAGUUCAUUCGUGGGCUGAUACAAACCAAGUAUCGCUUAUAAGUUCACGGGGAAAUCCCGCUUCAACCUCGGAGGAUGAAUUGGACUAUGCUACCAGGGAUACCGUCGAGAAUCGGCUCCAAUUGACAAAUAAUUUAACACAGGAUUUAACAGAUACGGCGGAUGGGUUAUCUCAAGAUCUAUCGGGUCUAUGUUUUAGUCCCUCCCAAUCAACGGUCCCGAGAAUAGGGAAAGCCAAACUGAAGCGUAUUAAAAAAGACAAACUGAUAAAGAACCAGCCCCGAAACAUGAGAUGUGCCACUUGCAGCGCUUCCUUUUCUUCUCGGACCCAACUAUUUUCCCAUAUCAGGGAAUUUGACCACGCACAGCCCCAGAGUGUUGCAGACCAUAAGAAGAAUUGA